AGCUGGGUAGCACUGGGCGUCUGGAAUCUCAUACUUGGUGCCCGCAUGCCUCUCUCUGCCUUCAUGUACCCCUGAGGGCUCUCAUCUUGUCUCUAGCCACUGACAGAACUUAUUUCUCCCUGCCUUGGCAGAGGUGCCGAGGCUAGGCUGUGGCUGGUUCUCGAUCCUCAGACUCUUGUCCAGCCAUCCUCAAGUCUGGCUCUUGAUAGGACUCCCCCUCCCCAAACUGCCCACUGGAGCAAGCCCAAGGAGGAGAAUGCCAGGGAGCCGGCUUCUGGGCCACGGAGUGGACUGACCGCUUCAAAGGCUGUCUUUGUUUCCUCUCCAGCUCGAGCUAAGGGAACAAACUUAAGCCAACAACCUCAGGCAAGGGGGUGGGGCUGUGUCUGCUGGUUGUUAUUGAGGUUGCUGUUGCCAUUAUUGUUGUGACUGACGUCGUGUUCCCAGUCAGUGAGUUUUCAUGAAAGGAAGUGUCACUUCCUUCCCAUCACAGGGACGGUGGCUGGGGUAGGCAAAUAAAAGAGAGAAGGAAAGUGGUACCCACGCCUAGCAAGCUUCUCAGCUCCCGGGAGGUGUGUGGCCUUGAACACUCUCUCUCAGAGCAAGUAGACUCAUCAUCCCACAGACUUAGGUCAGUUUUUCGAGAGCACCCUAGGGAGAAUCAGAUGUCAGGGGGACAGGCAGAUAUCACCAAGGAUAUGUGCACACUUGCAGCUGUGAUUUGUAAGGGAAGCCUGCGUGCAUGCUUUCUUCAGUUAGAAUAUUGGCCAAUGAGCCUAGCACCCCCAUUGUAGAGACGAGGGAGCUACAGAAGCAGUGAUGGAGGUGACAAAAGACGCGCCCACCGUGGCGUGGUGGUGCAAGCCUAUAGUCCCAACACUGGGAAAGCUAAUCCAGAAAACUGUAGGUUCGAGGCCAGUCUGGGUUACAUAGAGAGACCUUGUCCCAAGCAAACAAAUAAACAGUCAAGAGGCAUCCCUGGGGCACUAGAGUCCCCCCCCCCUCCAUCCUGCACAGUUUCAGCUCAUUGCAGCUCACUGGCUGGCAGGGCAAGGGGCAGACUUACAGGGAGGACCCUCUCCUUAUCUCUUAGCCUAUCCCAUUGCCUCCUCAUGAUUCCUCCACAGGGUGCCCCUCGCCACGUCCAUCUUCCCCUCUUUUACACAGAGCCUUUGUCUACUGAGACAGCAGUUCCCACUUCUUCAGGGACCCUCAUUGUGUCCAGUGGUUUUCCUUCCUUAAAGGUUAUACAGUGGUACCCUGGAUCGCAAUGUUGGGGCCCUGGGAGACUCUGAGGCCAGGCACAUUGAUUCACGUGGAACUUCUGCCACUUCCUAUUCUGGGCGUGGUUAGCUCAGUUGUCCAUACUGACCUGUUCCUAUCAGUGAAGUGGGGCUGAACAGAGCCACUAACCCACUCUGAGCUUAGAUGAGAAAGCUGAAGGUCUCUCUGCCUAUUUACAAAGCUCUAGAUUUUAGGAUUUGGGGUCUUGGAGCAAUCUGACUUCUGUGGUUUGGAAUCUCGGCUUUGCCGCUGGAAAGGUGUGUGACCCUGAGGCAAGCUGUCCAACCUCGCUGAGCCUCAGGCGUGACGUCCAUUUAAAGGAGGAAGAUUCAGUCAGGCUCCUAUUAGAUGCCCAGCCCCAGGCAGCCCAGAAGAGAUUAGCUGUGGUGGAGCUGCUGCUAGCACAGCAAGGGAAACGGAGGAGUGUCUUGAAAACACACCGACUUUGGCAAGCUUGCUCUGAUUGGAAAGAGAGGCUGAAGUUGGGCCGGUAGCUUAGAGUCUAGGGGCCGAGCUGCCUUGGACAUCUUUGGAAUUGACCGGAAGUCAGUCAAAUCCAGGAAGGACUGGGGCAGCCCCCCUGGUGCCCCCUUCGCCACCUGCCUGGUGCCUAGGAAAGGACCCUGUCACCCUCUGAUGGCUUAGCCUCCCCAGGCUCUUUGUGGACAGUGGAGUAAGGCUCCCCAAGGUGCUGUGGGGUGAAGCACUGCCUGCCAUUCCAACCAUAAAAUUAUUUUCUUUGCUAUUUCCUAACUAAUUUUGCUACUGCUAUAAAUAGUGAUGUAAAUUCCUGAUAUGCAGGAUAUCUGAUAUACGACCCCUGUGAAAGGGUCAUUUGACCCCCAACGGGGUCGCGACCCCAGGUUGAGAACCACUGCUUUAGAGACUGUGCCUACAUCAUCCUAAGUCUCAGUGGAGUGUUCUUCAAAGAGGAAGGUCAGAGGGAGCUCGACCUCCAUGUAAGCUCGACCUCUGUCAUAAGACCCCAAAUUGAAACCACACAUGGAUGCCAGCACUCCACCGUGAGAGGAGCAGAAUAGAAAGUCCAGGAAUGACCCCGGAUAUGCUUCUGCCAAGUGGGAGGUUGUAGGGAAAGUAGCAUUUCGUUUACUGCAGAGGGCAUCGCUCCACCAGCAUUGGAGGAACACCUGCCCAGCAGAGGAAGACAUUGGUAGACCCAGACUCACACCCCACAGUCCACACCAGAAGAGAGUUUAGAUGCGCUACAAGGACCCAUCCAUCCCCGUUAUAAUUCUCGUCUCAGGGAUGGAAAGAAUCCUGCCUGAGUGAUGUGGUGGAAAACAGACUGUGCUUUUAAAAUAUUCAUCUUCUUCUCUACUCACGAGGAGAAGGACAUUGAGGCACUGGCCAGAAAGGGAUCUCACACACGAGCUCCGAGGUGGACGAAGACUUGGGUUGUGGUGGACAAAGAAGACAGGUUGUGGUGGACGAAGACUUGGGUUGUGGUGGCAGCCAGUCAAACAGGGAGAGCACCUCCUGCCAAGGGGACGAGGGAGUCAGAAGAGGUAACUCCCCUAGAGCUCCCUGUGUCCCCCAAGCCUGAUGAGGAGCAGAGCAGCAGCCAGAGCCCCAUCCAGCUGGAGGACUCUCCUGAGGCCGGCGAGGAGCAGGAGGAAGAACAGGCCUUCCUGGUCAGCCUCUACAAGUUCAUGAAGGAGCGACACACACCCAUCGAGAGGGUCCCCCAUCUUGGCUUCAAGCAGAUUAACCUGUGGAAGAUCUACAAGGCAGUGGAGAAGCUGGGGGCCUAUGAGCUGGUGACAGGCCGCCGACUCUGGAAGAACGUGUAUGAUGAGCUGGGGGGCAGUCCAGGCAGCACCAGCGCGGCCACAUGCACGCGCCGCCACUACGAGAGGCUGGUCCUCCCAUAUGUGCGGCACCUGAAGGGGGAAGAUGACAAACCACUGCCCCCAACCAAGCCCAGGAAGCAGUAUAAGAUGGCCAAGGAGCUGAGGGGGGACGAUGGGACCACAGAGAAGCCAAAGAAAGCCAAGGACUCAGAGAGGCAGGUGGACCAGGCUACACCGGGAAAGACCAAAUCAGAUGCCACUGGUCUGACGCAGCCUCCUAGCCAGGGACCCUCAAGGGAUAGCACAGAACAGCUAGGCCCAACAUCUGGGUCCUCUUUGCCAUUCAUGGGUGCUAGCGGCUGUCCGGAGGCCUACAAGCGGCUCUUGUCCAACUUUUACAGCAAAGGGGCACAUGGUAUCAUGUCACCACUGGCCAAAAAGAAACUCCUGGCCCAGGUCAGCAAGGCAGAAGCCUUGCAGUGCCAAGAAGAGGGCUGUCGUCAUGGAGCAAGGAGCCCCAGCAAAGGCCUUCAAGAAAGUCCCCGGAACCUAAGAGGGCCAGCUGAGAACUCUGAACACCAGCAAAACCCUCAGGAAGGAUUGCUGCCCCCCAGUGGCAGCACCAAGGUGGAGGUGCAGGAGGAGCCCCGCCCCACAGCCCCUACUUUCUCAGGCUGUUUUCAUGCCUACCCAGCUGAAGUGCUGAAGCCUGUCAGCCAGCACCCUAGGGACUUCUUCUCUGGUCUUAAAGACAGGGUGCUGUUGGAACGGCCUGCUAAAGAGGAAGGGCUGUCAACCAAAGAGCCUCAGCUGGUGUGGGGCGGGGAUGCCAACCGCCCCUCUGCAUUCCACAAAGGCAGCUCCAGAAAAAGAACCUUCUACCCCAAGCCCAAAGCCUGCUGGGUGUCCCCCAUGGCCAAGGUUCCUGCGGAGAGCCCUGGAGCCACACCUCUCCUCCCCAGUAGCCCAGGCCUUGGCAACAAGCGCAACUUGGAAGAAGAGGGCUUUGCUCAUGGUGGCAAGAAACUGAGGGCGGUGUCUCCCUUUCUGAAGGAGGUGGAUGCCAAGGAGUGUGGGGGCAAGCCUGCAGCACCUGGUGUGGCUGUAUCCUGUUUACUGGGCCCAGCCCUGGGGCCCACUCCUCCAGAGGCCUACAGGGGCACCAUGCUGCAGUAUCCUCUGAACUUUGCCAGUAGCCCAGACCCUCUGAAGGGCCAGGCCACACUCCCCUUCAGUCCCCUGGUCAUCCCAGCUUUCCCAGCCCAUCUCCUGGCUACAACAGGCCCCUCACCCGUGGCUACCAGCCUGAUGCAUUUUCCCCCCACGUCCUAUGAUACCGUCCUCCGCAACAGACUGGGCCCAGCUUCAUCUGCCUGGCACAUGCCACCCGUCACAACCUAUGCGGCGCCUCACUUCUUCCACCUCAACACCAAGCUGUAGGUUGGAGCCUGUUGUGCCGUGCUGUGAGGAUCCGAUGGGUCCUUGGGAGGGCAGGUGCUGCCGGGAACCUCAGGCCAGAGCCCACUGCCUGGAAGUCGAUGUCCCCCGCCCACUGGCACAGAUCGGGGGUGUCAGUAGGCUUGUCUCAACAAAUCAGCCUGAGCCCAAAGCCCGGGGACCAAGUUGUGGUAAAAUCACAAAAGUACCUGAGCUAGAAGUAUUCUCUCCACAAAGUCCAAGAGUACUGAAAGGCUAAGGAGCUAGACAGCAGCUCAAGGCAUCCAGGUUGGCUAUGAAAAGUCCAAUCAAAAGACACUGGUGUGAUUGCACCCAGCCCUGAGGUGUACAGCCUUUGCAAGGGGAGGUGAGGCAGGCGCAAGCUUGUGGAUGCAGUCACCCAUGUGGGAGCAAAGACAUAACAAUACCAUUCUGGUCUGGAUGUUACCACCCCACUGGAGGGCAGGCCUACAGCAAAAUUCAGCCUCUUCUGCCCAGAUGAACAGACAUGCUUGCUUUUGCUCCUGCUUCAGGGCACCUACCUGGAUGUCGGGGUUGUCAUGGUACAACACCCAGAGCACACUGGUGACUUGGGAGACACGAGGGAGAGACUGUGUGAUCCCAGCCCUCCAGGCUGAGCCACAGUCCCACUCCCAAGACGCCUAUGCCCUGCAUCUUUGAGCCAGCGCUAGGAAAGGAGCUGCUUGCUUUAAGAGGUUCAUGCUGUGUUGUUCAGGUUAGUCUCGGACUCCUGGCCUACAGAAUUCCUGCUGUGGCCGCCUCAGCAGCUGGGAUAUAGUUGUGAAGGGAGGGAGGCUUUUGAGGGUACUAAUACAAAACCCAAGUCAUCUGUCCCUGUGGUGGGUAGACUCGUGAACCCUGCUGCUUCGUGCUCCUGGUGACCUGCCGCCAACACACCCACUUUCCUGCUCUCCAUACUGGAUUUGGGGUGAGGGGCAGAGGGGCCCCAUCUCUGCCUGGGAAUCUGUUGCCAAGCCACAGUAAGUUUCAGCUGUGUUUGCUUCAGGGCCCCACAGAGAAACCCUGUGGUUUAGCACCCUCCUCUGUUAGAGAUGGCUUGUUCUACCAGUCCCAAGGAGACUGUCAGUACAGCUUCCUAACUGUUCCCAGGAAGGUAGUGCCACCAAGGCCCAGAGAUGCCAGGGUGCCAGUGAACCGGGUCAGCAGAUGGUCACUGACCUGCAUCACGGGAACACAUCCUGUUUCCAACCUCAGGACAUGGCUAGGAGGGCAAGUUUUUAUGCCCCCUUUAGUUCACAGGUGGCAUGGCUAAGCCAGGCACAGGAAGUGUCAUUGAGGACGCCUGGUUUGGGGAAACGGUGGUCAGGGAAGCCAGAGUGAGGAGGGGUGUCCAGUGAUGCGCUCAAGCAUCUUGCAGCUCCCCCUCUUCCUUCUGGAGACACUGAGGUGCUGGCCUGUGUAUGCGGAUGACUAGCCCUGAGCACCUGGCUGCCCCACUGUGCCCAUGUGCUGCGGACUGCAGUGGUGGCGCCCUCUGCAGGCACAUCUGGAGAAUGCACAUCUGGUGAGGUUGAGGAGUGGAUGGAUUCCUGGGCUGGACUCUGCUACCUCUGCCUAAGCAAAGACACUAGAAAUGAACACAAGUCGGGCUUCUUGGAAACCUUUGGAACUCUGCACUGAACACCUGCAUAUUUGCCUCCUCCCCACUGUGAAUGAGAGAACUGAGCCCGGAGGUGACUCCAGACACCAUGGUGGCUGAUGGGGAUGCAUGCUGCACACAUCUCCCCAUGUUUGUACUCGUCCCCAACAGGCUGCCCCAGAUGACCCGUAGGCCAGCAGAAGUCACAGUGUCAGUGUUCAGUGCAUAAUUUGUGUUCGGUGUCUACUUUCAAAUCUUUCAUGGCAUUUGAGCUGCUAAUAGGAGGGAGGAGGCAAAGGCCACCCUGGAAUUGGUGCUGAUCUUGCUCCUACCUGUCUGUGGUCCCAGCUCCUUUUCCUGGUAUCAGCUUAAGUUAGGCAUUAGGCAUUUGGCAGGCAAUGCCUUUGUUUGCUCUGGGGGCUGACGUUCCCUGCCCCUUUAACUGUCUUAGGUGUUCACCUUGGUGGCGUUAAAUGUGCAUUACCCGCACUGGCCUGGUGUCACCACCAGAGUUUUAAAACAGUGACCAAGCGUGUUCUCUAGAAGACCUGGAGAAUGGCUAGAGGGGGUGACGGAGAAGCAGAGCAGCAAGUCCCCAAGGGAGUGGCCAGAGCGUGGGGUCCAGGAGCCAAGGGGCCUGUGGGGUUGGGACAGAGGGACCCAGAGGUGAUUCAGGCUGUGUUUGGUGCCUUCUAGGCCAGGGGUAGUUGGGCUUUUACACGAAAUA